AAUCCUAUUGUAUACAUUCACACCUCGUCACUACAAACGAAGCUUCGAAAGCCCACCCCGGAAUAUCGCCACGCACAUGCCUUAAGCUCAACCUCGAAGCCCGCCGGCUCUUUUUACUUCCAUUUGCAUAUGCCUCAUUCGAACGCCAGCCAUGGCUGACCCAUUGAGUCUAUUCGCAGAAUGCACCUUCGCCUUCGUACCAAGCGCCUACCUGGCUCCCAAGGAAAUCAGCGAGCUGGCAGAAAUCGUCAAGGGCCGUGGCGGUACAGUCCUUGACCCGAGACGUGAUGGCUCCAUUAGGCUCGAAGCGGUUUCCCACAUCGUUUCCAACACCAUCGACUUCCCCCAGUUCACCGAGACCCAAGCCUAUAUGAUCCCCGUCAUCAACCCGGGUUGGAUCAAGGCAUCCAUCCUGAGGAGUAAACAGGCCCAGGUUCGGCCCUACUCCCCCGAUCCGCGUAUGUUUUUCUGCAAGGUCACCAUCACCUGCGCCGGACUCCCCGAAAUCGACAAGGAGACCAUCAUUGGCGCCACCCUGGCCAUGGGCGGCAUGGAAACCGCCGACGUCUCUCGACAGACUACCCACAUCUGCGCCUUGUCCAUGGACCACCCCAAAUGUAUCACCGCCAAGGAAAAGGGACUCAAGUGCAAGAUUGUCCUGCCUCACUGGUUCGAAGACUGCUUCAAGCUCGGCAAACGAAUCGACGAAGGCCCCUACAUGCUCCCCGAACCCGAAAUUCUGCGCAGACCCGAGAACCAGGGCGAAGUUCAGAUUCCCCAAUACAACCAUCUUCAGGGAGCGACCUCGACCACUCCCAAUCACCUCGCCGACGGCCCCCGCAGGGCCGCCACAAUAUUCCGGGACAAGAAAGUCAUGCUCUCGGCGGACCUUAACAUUACCGCACGAUCGUUGGAAGUUGUCAAGCAGCUCAUUGUCAAUGGAGGUGGCAGGAUUGUGGACGACGUGGAUAUAUGCGACUAUUUUGUCUGCCAAUACCGCCAUGGAGACCAGUAUGUCAAGGCAGCUCAGUCAGGGAAGGAUGUCGGAAACCUGUCGUGGCUCUAUCAUCUUAUCACCCAUAACGAGUGGACAUCUCCUCUCCGUCGGCUUCUCCACUACCCGGUUCCCAAAGACGGCAUCCCGGGCUUCAAGGACCUCAAGAUAUGCCUUUCCAACUACGGUGGCGACGCUCGCAUAUACCUCGAGAACCUGAUCAGAGCAACGGGCGCCACGUACACCAAGACGAUGAAGGCGGAAAACACCCACCUCAUCACGGCACGAAAUAGUAGCGAGAAGUACGAGGCGGCCAAGGACUGGAAUAUUGAGACGGUCAACCACCUGUGGAUCGAAGAGAGCUACGCCAAAUGCGAGAUGCAGAGGGUAUCCGUCCCAAAAUACUCCCACUUCCCGGUUCGCACGAACUUGGGCGAGGUUAUCGGCCAGACCUUUUUCGACGAGUACUGUUUGCGGGAGGCCUACUACCCCGGUGGCGAGGAGCACAUGUCGCCGCAAGCUCAGAGGAAGCGCAAGAUUCUCGAGGCUGCGCAAGAGAACUCGUACAACCACGGACCUGCCGAGGGCGUGGUCAUCGGCAGACAUGAGGUGAAAGAGCAAGAGGUCGUUGACGACAGCUUCAUGACGCCCGUCCGUCCCAAAAAAGGCAGCCGUGACAAGGAGAACGACACUCCGUCGGUCAUCUCAACAGGCAGCCGAAGCGCAAAGAGCAAGGCCCUCACCAACCUCCAGCGCAUCGCCCCGGAUAUCGCAUUGUACGAGAAGGAAAAAAAGCGAACCAAGGAUGGCAACGGUCCGUGGGGUGGCAAGCGUGCUGCCGAUCAAAUCGACAGGGAACGCCGGCGCACAUCAAGCCCGGCGCAACCCAUGGAUAUCGACGAGGAUGACGAAAGGCCGACCAAGAAGAGCAGAUCUUCGCGGCCAGAUAUCGAGAUGAGAGUUGUAUUGACUGGUUUCACAAGAUGGGUCAAUGGCAAAUCCAAGGAAGACUCAGAAAGGAGAAAACUCCGCGACAUGGGCAUUCUCAUCGUACAGGAUAAUCAACCAUGCGACUACCUCGCCGCACCUCACAUGGUGCGGACAGUGAAGUUCCUCAAGACGUUGGCCAAGGGACCGACCAUCCUCUCCUCCGAUUUUAUCGACGCUGCCCUGGAUACGGGCGAGGUCCCUGAUCCCGACGAGUUUCUCUUGAAGGACAAGGAGAACGAGAAGAAGUUUGGCGUCACGAUCGAGACAGCGGUGUCCAGAGCGAGGGCCAAUCUUAGCAAGCUCCUUUGGACUGUCCCCAUCUACUGCACGGCCAACAUCUGCAACGGCCCCGAUAGCUACAAGGCCAUUGCCGAGGCCAACGGAGCCAUGUUCAAGUUGUAUCGUGCGCGCAGUGGUACGACCAUCAAGCCGACGACGGAGGAAGAAGACGGCGGCGCACCACCCGAGCCGGUCUACCUCCUCAGCUCCAACAGCGCCGAAGAAAGAUCACUGUGGCCCAAAUUCGAGGAAAUGGCGCGGAAGGGCCACAUGGACCCUCGCAUAGUCGCGGCCGACUGGCUCUUGGAUGUGGCCAUGACGCAGCAGGUGUCUUUUGACGAGAAAUAUCUUGCCCGGAACUUCUUCGACAAGGGCGCAUAAGAUGUUUUUUUUUGUUGCUUUUUUUAGUGGUUGACAGGAAACUCGUAGCUUUGCAUGCCUUUUUGUAGUUUUUAGUUGUACAUACGCGCGCUGGCUCGGAGUUGGAUGGUUCAUUGGAGGAGGGGGAGGAGGGGGCCACCGCCCGAUGCUUUUUCCUGGUAGUCGUGACGAUCGCUCGGAGAAAUAAUGUGUGAACGUGGUAUGUCUCAGUUAUAGAUGCCGGUGUCAAAAAUUGAUCAUGAGCUAGUCAUAGUCACGCUGC